AUGUACUCCAACAACGGCAGCUCAUAUCGCCCCGGAGGAGAUCUGUAUCGUCCCGGACGACAUAACCAGCGACAAGGAAACUACAAGAAUGAAGACUAUGCUGGUAGAGGCAACGAAAGGGCUCAAAACUAUCCUGAUCGUUCUAGCAACAGAUCAGACUAUAGAAGCAACAGAAACACAUACAAACCCAAUGGUCUGUAUAACGGCUACGGCCAGUCGGACCAGCGGAAUCUGAAUUCGCAGUAUGGCGGCAACAGCUACGGUGCUGGCAGAGAUUAUGGCCAUCAAAACUCAAACAGUUACCAACAGCCUCGACAGCGCUUCCAGGGCCAGGGCAACUACACGCGAGGUCAAAAAAGCCCGGGCGAUGGCUACCAUCUGGUCUAUUCGCAAAUCCAGUCCGAAAACCAGCUCUGGAUGGGUGAUUUGGAUCCCAGAUGGUCAGAAAACGAUAUCCUAGAUAUCUGGACAGAGCUCGGAGAGCGGCCCACGAACGUCAAGAUCAUGCGCGACAAGACUGGCCGGUCACAGUACUGUUUUGUGACCUUUUCCAAUCCCACAGCAGCCAAUACGGCGGUUCAACGACACAGAACCCCAGUUCCAGGCUCCUCGCGGAUUUUCAAAUUGAACAAGGCCUCGGGCGGCGGCUCUCUGGGUGCCUCAACAGGAAUGGGAGCAGACCAGAGUCGACAAAAUGCUCCUGGCGGUGGACACUCGAUGGGCCAGCGGUCUACGGUGGACUACUCUUUAUUCGUAGGUGAUUUGGCUCAGGAUAUUACUGAGCAGAUGCUUUACGGCAAGUUCAAUCAGAAAUAUCCCGGUGUCGUCAAGCAGGUCAAGAUUAUGACCGACAUGAACACCGGAAUGUCCAAAGGGUUUGGAUUUGUCCGCUUCCACAAGCCAGAAGCUCAACAGGCGGCGCUCAAAGAAAUGAACGGCGUGAUCUUGGGAGACCGGCCGAUCCGGGUCGGGUUGGCAAAUGGCAGCUCGCAGGAGCCGGCUCCAGGACUGAAGAAAGCUGCAAGCACUCUUUCACCGUCGCUCAAAUUGCCACAACAGCAGCCAUCGCUCACGCCAUCUAGCGACCCAAACAAUUGCGUAUUGGACAUCUUGGGUAUCAACUACAGCAUUACAAGAGAUGACUUGGUAGCACACUACGGAUCCUUCGGAACGCUUGUCUACUGCAAAAUUGACUACAAGGCGCAGGCAGCCCAGGUUAAGUAUCUUCUACGAGGAUCUGCCGAGAAGGCGUUUCUAUUUACGGAUGGGUUUGUGAUGAACGGAUGCAAUUUAGGUCUCAGAUGGGGGUCCGAGGAACGGCCAUUGGCGUCAGCUAAGGUUGACAAGAGCGUUAAAUAUUCGGCUGCAGAAAAGCCGCCCACUAUCUACGGAGAGGUCCCAGAUGCUGUUGUGUUGGAAGACCUCAGUGAGGAGCAGCUAGGCGACCUCAAGUUGACGGAGCCAAGUGAAUUGAUUGGGGUCAGUGAUUUCGACCAAUUGAAUGAAGACAGAAUCGCCAGAAGAGAGGCGUAUCUCGCACUGGCAUACUAA